CGGGGGGCGGUGCCGAGGCUGGGGGCCGUCGAGGAUGGAGCCCGAGAUGGAGCCGGAGACUCUGGAGGCGCGAAUUAACAGAGCCACGAACCCGCUGAACAAGGAGUUGAACUGGGCCAGCAUCAACGGCUUCUGCGAGCAGCUCAAUGAGGACUUCGAGGGGCCUCCGCUUGCCACCCGGCUGCUGGCGCACAAGAUCCAGUCCCCGCAGGAGUGGGAGGCCGUCCAGGCCCUGACGGUGCUGGAAACAUGCAUGAAGAGCUGCGGCAAGAGGUUUCACGACGAGGUGGGCAAGUUCCGCUUUCUCAACGAGCUCAUCAAGGUCGUGUCUCCCAAGUACCUGGGCUCUCGGACAUCAGAGAAAGUGAAGAGCAAGGUCUUGGAGCUCCUCUACAGCUGGACAGUUGGCCUGCCUGAGGAGGUGAAGAUUGCAGAGGCCUAUCAGAUGCUAAAGAAGCAAGGGAUUGUGAAGUCCGACCCCAAGCUUCCAGAUGACGCCACCUUCCCCCUUCCUCCUCCACGGCCCAAGAAUGUGAUCUUUGAAGAUGAGGAGAAAUCCAAGAUGCUGGCCCGCCUGCUGAAGAGCUCACACCCUGAGGACCUCCGAGCGGCCAACAAGCUAAUCAAGGAGAUGGUGCAGGAGGACCAGAAGCGGAUGGAGAAGAUCUCGAAGCGGGUGAAUGCCAUUGAGGAGGUGAACAACAACGUGAAGCUGCUGACAGAGAUGGUGAUGAGCCACAGCCAGGGCGGCUCAGCUUCGGGCAGCAGUGAGGACCUCAUGAAGGAACUAUACCAGCGCUGUGAGCGGAUGCGGCCCACACUCUUCCGGCUGGCCAGCGACACAGAGGACAAUGACGAGGCCUUAGCGGAGAUCCUGCAGGCCAACGACAACCUCACCCAGGUAAUCAACCUGUACAAGCAGCUGGUGCGGGGCGAGGAGGUCAACGGCGACGCCGCCGCCACCGGCUCGAUCCCUGGAAGCACCUCGGCCCUGUUGGACCUCUCAGGCCUGGAUCUCCCUCCUGCUGGCACCACCUACCCAGCCACGCCCACCCGCCCUGGUAACCAGGCCAGCCCCGAGCAGCCCAGUGCCUCUGUUUCCCUGCUUGAUGAUGAGCUCAUGUCUCUGGGCCUAAGCGACCCCACACCCCCUUCAGGCCCAGGCUUAGAAGGUGCCAGAUGGAACAGCUUCCAGUCAUCUGACGGUGCUGAGCCCCCGGCCCCAGCCCCCAGCACGGACAGCCGGCCCCCAACGCAGACUCCCCAGCCGGCCAGCAGUGGUCUGGAUGACCUGGACCUCCUGGGGAAGAUCCUCCUGCAGCAGUCGCUGCCCCCGGAGUCCCAGCAAGUGCGAUGGGAGAAGCAGCAGCCAGCCCCCCGGCUCACGCUCCGCGACCUGCAGAACCAGAGCAGCUGCAGCUCGCCCAGCUCCGGUGCCACCAGCCUCCUCCACACUGUGUCCCCAGAGCCCCCUGCACCUCCGCAGCAGCCCACACCAACGGAGCUCUCGCUGGCCAACAUCACUGUGCCCCUGGAGUCCAUCAAACCCAGCAGCAUCUUGCCUGUGACCGUGUAUGACCAGCAUGGCUUCCGCAUCCUCUUCCAUUUCGCCCGCGACCCGCUGCCAGGGCGCUCUGACGUGCUGGUGGUGGUGGUGUCCAUGCUGAGCACCGCCCCCCAGCCCAUCCGCAACAUCGUUUUCCAGUCAGCUGUCCCCAAGGUCAUGAAAGUCAAGCUGCAGCCACCCUCAGGCACAGAGCUGCCAGCGUUUAACCCCAUCGUCCACCCCACAGCUAUCACCCAGGUCCUGCUCCUCGCCAACCCCCAGAAGGAGAAGGUCCGCCUCCGCUACAAGCUCAUCUUCACCAUGGGCGAGCAGACCUACAAUGAGAUGGGGGACGUGGACCAGUUCCCACCACCUGAGUCCUGGGGGAGCCUCUAGGACAGAGGCUGGGGAGAGGAGGGGGCAGAGAGCCUGGCUGUCACAGCCUGGUGGAGGCUGUGGUGGCCUGGGACACCCUUUGUCCCCUGGCCAUAUACCCCAGGGCCUGGUGCUUCUCCCCUCACCCCAGUGGCCCUCAAGUGACUCUUCUCCCUCCCCCUGCCCCUUCCCUGCUGAGCCAAACCCAGCAGGAGGCUGGGCGUGGGUUUGUACCCCUGGGCCUCCACACAGUGGGAGCCUGAAGCAGGGAGGGGCUGCAUGGCCCUGGAAGGACUUGGGGUCCUGGGAAAGCAAAGCUGUCGGGGAGGGCCAGGACCUCAGUCUGGGGUGGGGCCUUCCCCACCUGUCUCUGAUGCCUUAUGGGAAGGCCCAGCCAUAGCUUGGGGGCCACGCUGGAGCCAGGGACCAGCUCAGGCCUCCUCUGUAGGAACCUGGUGAAUGUGGGGUGGCACUUGUACCCCCAACUGUUUGCACUUCCCUGGUGUGUGGUUUGACGCUCUUUGCUUUUGUUUCUGAGUAGGCCCUGUGGUCACAGUCUCAGGGGUGGUGAGGUGUUCCCCACUCCUCCUGGGGGCCCCCUCUACCCACCCGGUCCCUGCUGUCAGCCUCCUCAGGGGCUGUGGGGCGUGUGACAGUGGGCCAGGGGCUGUGCACUGGAGUCCAGUGUCUCCUUCGUCCACUGGCCUCUGCUGGGGCCUCCUGUGGGCAUCUCCCAUCUGUCCAUCUGUCCAUGGUCAGAGUGGGGUCGUGUGUGCGUGAGAGCAGGAGUAUUUAUGGAAAUAAAACGUCCUUUUUCCUGGAUCAGUUGCUCUCGUGGCCCUUCCGAGACUGGAAGGCAGGAGGGGUCAGGGGCCCCCAGGCUGCCCCACAGACCUCCCAGCCUCCAUCUUCAGGGAUCAGGCCCUGGCCCCUCACCCCCACCCACCACCACCGGAAGAGGCCCUGCUGGGGGCCUGUGGCUGGUGCCGAGUCACCAGACGGCCGGGCUGUGGUGGGCCCCAACAGCCCCAGCUGGACACAGACGGCCUGCCAGGAGCCCCAUCUGCUGCAGCUGCUGAGGGUGAGGCCUCUGCCGCUUGCAACUUCCUCCUGCUGAGCUCAGCCCUCAAAACACAACCGCGAAGCAGCACCCACCCCCGGGGGUCCACGCCUCAGUUUCUUCAUUUCCCAGAGGCUGCUCCAGGAAGCAGGGAGCCAAUCAUAGCUGGUUUCAGGCGGGGCCAGGACCCUGAGCCAGGCCCCUUGUCAUUGUCAGCCAUAGCACCCCCAGCCCAGCCUAUCAGUGUCUACCCUAAUGGGGCAGCUGGGGUCCAGGCCCCCAAACAGCUGAGGGAGCCAACCAGUGGGGGGAACAA